GAGUUCCACGUAUCUCGAUCUUCCUCUGCAAAAACUCUCCCUUUCUUCUCCUUCGUCUCCCUCUCUCCCUCUCUUAACUCCAUUAAAACACCUUCCUCUUCUAACUUGCGUAGGGUUUCAAACAUGUCUUCCGUGGGAACUUCAAAGGGCAUUCUUGAAAUCGCCAAGUUCGGUCUCUACGUCUCUGUUCCGAUCGUUCUCAUGUACGCUUUCGCCAACAACAGUAAAAAUAUCAAGAAAUUCAUGGGCAAUCAUUCUUAUGUAGUUUAUCCCCCAGAGGCACCGAGACCCCACUCGCCAGAGGAGAUGAGGGAGAUGGCUCGGGAACUAGCUCGCAAGAAAAAUGUACGUUGAUGUGUUCUUUUUUUUUUCUUUCUUUCUUUCUUUGUUGGAAAGUUGCCAUAGCUACAUUUCAAAUAAAUGUUAUGUACACAUUUAAUGUAAUAUGAUGCAGCAGUAAAGUAGGUUUGAUUUGUGUAACUCAAAUAAUGCAAAUGGUUUCUAUUUGUCCUUGGUUCUUUUAUUGCAAGGCUAAUGAUGAACAACCAAUCUUUACACUUAACCAAAAGUUCUUACAA